AUGCGCGUCUCCUGGUCCAACGCGCGAUCCAAACUUUUCUUCGCAUUAUAUAUGCUCCAUUGUUCGCGUCAGAAACCCCCGGCCCUCCACGCGCCGCCGUCCACAGCCGAUCAAAGUCGCGAGGGACUCCAUCGCGAGCACCGGCUCUCCACGCACCGCCGUCCGCUGCCAUUGCAGAUGUGGGCUGCCAUUGCAAGAGGUGACGACGACAGUGAGGCGACCACAUCGUUGCAGCCAUGCCUGGACCGCACGCUGCUCCGCGGAUGUUCGCCGCCGGCAGUGCGCUUCCAGCACCCCGAAUACCCCCGGCAGCAUGGUAGCGGCGGCGCGCCGUCGAAGACGACGAUGGACGUGCCACUGCCAUUCGACACCGCCGUCUUUCCCAUUUCCAAGGACCAAGUCGAUGCGCUCAAAGGUGCCGCCGCCGGCGCCAUCACCGGCGGCAACAAGAAAGUCUCCACUUACAGCGCUGUGGUGGCACAUGUGUGGCAGUGCUCAUGCAAGGCGAAACGCCUCAGUGGAACGGAGGACUCUCAGAUCUACGGGGUGGGUUGCCUGCGCUCGCGCAUGUGUCCUCCUCUCCCAAGGGUCUUCUUCGGCAACGCCGUCGCCCUGACAUCAACGACGGUCACCAAGGUGAAGGACAUCGUCUCGAGCCCACUCAACACCGUCGCCGGCAAGGUCACCGCCGCCGCCGCCGCCGCUCGACCGAGCGACGAGCCGACGAGUACAUAG